GUCCAGCUGUGAAAUGAAAUGCAUACUGUAUACCCUUUCGUGCGUUCAUUAAAAUUUCAAUUUUCAAGGUAGCAAUAUUGGUUGAGCGGUUGUGGUUUUAACGGCCGUGCUUGCUUCUUCUUCUUUCUUCUCUUGGCUACCGGAAUUGGCAGUGGCAGGCGCUUCCCCUAUCGUGAGCUUUUGGUUGAGUCUUCAAAUUCUCUUCUCGAACCUUCUUCACCUGCUUCUGAGACUCAGAAUCGCUUACUCUUAGCACGAUUCUUUAUCCCCUUGCUCUGCCGGUCGAAUUUCAAUGGCUUCAUGUAGCUUAGGAACGUCAAAUAUUAAAUUGUUCAACUUAGGUACAGGUAGUAAAAGAGUCGGAAUAUCACAACAGUAUGCUAUAAGAAGUUGGACCGGCAGAAAGUCACUACAAAACACCCACUUGAUCUCAUCAGAACGAUCAGUUAAAUUUUUAACUGCAUGCAGAGGUCCAUCAUUAACAAGCCAGUCUGCUGCAAGUUCAGAAGAUGGCUCUGAAGAGGUUAAGUCUUCAGGUCCAACAAGUGAACUUAUUCCCAAUAUAAAUGAGGUGCAAUUUUUGCUCAAUGAAUUGUGUGACACAAAGUCAGUUCAGGAACUAGAAUUGAAGCUUGCUGGAUUUCACCUGCAUGUGGUGCGGGGUUUUACCGAGAAAAGUAUAGCAGUACCUCCUCCAGCACCCCCUGCUGUUAGUGCAAACACUGUCACAGAAUCAUCUGAUUUGAAUGGAUCAGUUUCCGCAUCAUCUUUGGCUAUCUCUAAGCCAGAAGCUUCUUCGGAGGGUAAGGGAUUUCUGGAUAAAGCUGCAGACGAAGGCUUGGUGAUAAUUACAUCCCCGAGGGUGGGUUUCUUUAGGACAUCUCGAAAUAAAGGAAAGCGUGCUCCACCAUCAUGUAAAGAGAAGCAAAUAGUUAAGGAGGGCCAAGCGAUAUGUUACGUAGAACAGCUUGGUGGUGAACUGCCAAUCGAGUCUGAUGUAUCGGGGGAGAUUGUCAAGAUUCUCAGAGAGGAUGGAGAGCCUGUUGGAUAUGGUGAUGCACUCAUAGCAGUCUUGCCGUCAUUUCCUGGAAUAAAGCUUCAGUAGACCUCAUGGUGGUUUUUUUGUAAUGCUAUUUGAAUCACGUAAUAAAUUGGGGUUUGGGUAUACAGAAGAACAAAAUGAUCCAAUAUGCUGUUUCAUCCUUUGUUGUCUGUUACUGUGAUAGCUGUUAGCAAAUUCUUUUCCGUUAUUCUUUGUCUGUUGGAGAAGGGAGAAACACAUAACCAGAGAACUAGUUCGAUUUCUUUGAGUAAUAUAUCUAUUGCAUUUGGCUGUCAA